GACUUCAGUUGACUUUAGACAUGAAAUUCGAGCAGGUCACACCGAAGAGCUAUCCAGUUAAUUUAAUAGAUAAAGACUGGACUCAGCGAAAAUUAUAUUUUAUAAGUCCAGCUAAAUCUGUGCCCGAUGCGAUUCACGAUAUGGAGGUAUUCGAAGAUGAUGUUUGGAUUGCCACCAAUCCUAAAAGUGGCACCACUUGGAUGCAGGAACUUGUUUGGCUUCUGAUGAAUGAUUGUAAUUUCGAGGCAGCACUAUCUAAAGAUCUGGAAUUACGAUCGCCAUAUUUAGAAUUUGAUUAUAUGAUGCACCGUGAUGUUGAAAGAGCUUUAAAGCCUGUAGAGGAGCUGGCAUCUCCUCGAGUUAUAAAAUCGCAUCUUUCACUGGGUUUGUUGCCCGCUCAACUUUGGCAAAAUAAAGCAAAAGUAAUCUACGUGUUUCGAGAUCCAAAAGACGCAUGGAUAUCUGGCUAUUAUCACGGUGUUACUAUUGGUUUUGGAUAUGGUACAACGUUAGAGCAAUACAUGGACGAAUUGUUAGAGAAGGAAGCCGCUAGAAGAGAUCCUGUUCUUCAUGCUUAUGAGUUUUAUCAGAUACGCAAUGAACCUUGGGUUUACUACACAAGUUUCAAUCGAAUGAAGCAAGAUCUGAGGAAAGUAAUCGACGAUUUAUGCAAGUUUCUUAAUAAGACUGUGACAGAGCAACAAAUGGAACGUUUGCUAAAGCAUUUAUCAUUUGAGGAAAUGAAAAAAAAUCCGACAACGAAUCAUCUCUGGGAGUAUGCUCAAACACAUCAUCCGAACAAAGGCAAAGAAGUCCACAAUUUCACACGCAGCGGAAAAGUUGGUGGACAUAAAGAAGAACUGAAACCUGAACAGAUCGAGAAAGCUGAUCGUCUUAUAACGGAAAGACUGCAGGCAAAUCAAGUCACACUCGAACAACUUUUGUUAUUGGACGGAGUUGUGGUUUCCACCUUCUUGGCAUUAUCCUCCUUGGAAGAGGGGCCAGUCUGUGUGAUUUGCACCAGGCGCUCAGUUGGAGGCGGAGGUAGUUUCUUCAUGGGAGCUGUGAUGGUCAACAGACCAUCGGAAGACAGCGAUGAGGUGACUGAAUCUGGAUUGACAUCACCUGAGCAAGAAAAGCAAACAAAAAUGUUAGCAAAGGAGUUUAGAAGAAGAGAAAACGUCUCGACACUCACUGGGAAGCUGGUAACGUCUGGAGAACUGACGAGAGACAAAGCCAUGCUCGUCCUGCUUCUCCUCAUGCUUGCCCUCGACAAUGACAAAUCUGUCGGCAACCUUGACGGUAAUCUCAUUGGGCGAGAACUGCUGCACAUCCAAAAUGACCUCGAAUUUCUCGCUAUCAAUGUUCAGCGUGGAGCCAGACUCCUGCUUCUGCAGGCUGUUUGCCGAUCGCUGCCAUGGACGCAGAUAACCAGAGCGCAGAACUGUGGGGCGAGAGUUCCAGACGGACGACAAGAGAUCGUCACGCUUCAGACCCUGACCAAAGUGCUGAUCCAAGAGGCGCGAGAUCUGUCUUUACUCCAUAGUGCAGUGACGCAAAUCGGAGACUGUGUGUACCGACGAAAUCUGACCGACAGCCGACGCCCAACAGUAGGCCAAAGCCAAAGCCCAAAAAAAGGAAGCACUCGCCACAGGACAUGCACUCGUGUCUCGGCAUCGUCAUCUGAAACUCUCUCUCUCUCUCUGUCGGCCUCUGUGUUUGUGUGUGGGAGAGUGCGUGUGGCAUCGGCAACGGCUGUGAUUGUGGCAGUGGCAGAGCGUCAUGUGAUACGCGAAACUGGCUGCGAAAACAUAACAAAAACAGCAAUUACGAAACGCAACGCAAUGCAAAAGGCGCUGCCCGUGACAGACUUGUCCCUGCCCCGAACUGGAGUUGGACGCUACUGGCUGCUCGUGCUCGCCGUGCUGAUGGCGUUGACAACGCCGCUGCAUGCCAAUGGUGCUGAUGGGCAUCUGACCAAGCGCUACUCGGACCAAAGUGUCCACGGUUAUAUGACUGAGCGCACUUGCUGGUGGAAUGAAGUCUGCAAGGAGGAGUUUCAAAAUCUAUUUCGUUGCAAGUGUCCACAGUUCUCGUAUUGCCGCUCGCCGGGACGAUAUUAUAAUGCCUACUGCUCUAUGACGGAUACCGGAUAUAUUUGGACUCAACUGGCGAUGGGCCCCGUCGAGCGCUGAGCGUGUGACGUCAAGCAUAUCGCAGUAACAGCAGCAACAACAACAACAACAACACCAACGGCAGAGGCAGCAGUAACCUAAACACUGCCUGCUGAUAGUAUGCAACCAUUACCCAAGUGGCCUCCAACCUAAUGUUCUAAAAACUAUCGCAAAUGCUCAUUGGUUUUUAAUCACAAUUCAAACAGUUAACCGAGGCUCCUCAAAUGACAUUAUAAAAGACAUCUAGCUGGAUCUAGUUUAUAAUGUCGAUUGUGGAGACUCCCCUAAAUGUAGUCAAAACAAAUAACAAAUAUUCACACGCUUUGUAUUUGUGUGCGUAUAUCUCUUGGAUUCCUUUUUGUUUUUCGAUUUGUAUGCCUAAUAAACAAUCGAAGUUUUCAUUAUAAAAAAAAUCAAAAU